UUAGUCAAGCUCAGUUCAAUUGCGGCCAGCUUUGUUGGCGGACGUUUCAGGCGGCACUCACUGUACACUAUACACUAUAACCACCAAAGGCGAAGUAGUAACGAAAACCGAAAUUGGCAACCGAAACAUUCUUUAUUUUUUUAACUGUGCGAACUGUGCGAGCGGGGAAAAACACCCAAAAAGCAACACUCGGAGUGAGGAACAAAACUCCAAAAGAAAAUACAAAAACGCCGUGUGCAGUAAACAAUUGCAGUGACCGAAAAACCUUAAAAUACCAACAACAACAAAAACAGAAAAGAAGAAGAAGCCGAAGAAGAAGAACCAGAAGAGCAGCAGCAACAACAACUCGAUUAGCGGGAUUAACGACAAAAAUGCCCGAGUGAUCAAGCCCAGACAGCGAUCGCCAGUGGGACAAGUGACAGGAAACGGAGAAGCCAGCCGUAAUGAGGGUGCACCUGAAUGGUCGCGAGGUGCGGGAGUUGCUGCGAAAGGAUUUGCUGGUGCGAUGGCGCCAGAAGGGGCUGAGCCUGAUCUUGCUGGCCUGGCCGGUGAUGAUCUUCAUGCUGCUCUACCUGAUCCGUCUGAAGUACGGAUCGGAGGAGCUGGAGGCCUGCCAGUAUCCCACCCGCCUGCUGCCCACCAAGAACCAGAUGGUUCCCGCCGCCUUCUCCUACAUCUGCAGCAUUGAGAACCGCUGCCAGCCGGCGCAUCCCUACGAGGAGUACUCCCAUUGGAAGGAGGCGCCACUGCACUCCGUGAUCGAUGUGGUCAACGCGUUUGUAACCGACGAGCGGCUCCACAAGGCCGUCGUGGAGCUGGCCGAGAAGGCCAACUUUGUGUCGGCCAUAACCACAUUGAUCACCAGUGAUCGGCUCGACAUCAUACGAAGUAACAUAAGCGAAAUAAUCUCUCUGGUGCCCGAAAUCGAACGACGGAUGAACUACAGCUUCGACAUUAAGCAUCUGUUUUCGAAUCGCGAGACCUUCGUGAAGCUGGGCGUUCUUUUGUGUGGUCAUCCGUUCCCCAAUACCGAUACUAUACCGCUGGUGAAUGAAAUCCUGGAAUCGGAGGACUUUAGCCAGACCAACGAUGCGGAGCUCGAUGCAAUGCCUAACCGUCGUCGUCGUCGAUCCGAAGACCUUCCCACGGACUGGAGGCCAACUAAAUACUGCAAGCGCCUCUACCGGGAUGUGACUUCCACGAACCAGGGCAAGCUCACCUGGAACACCAUCAAGCCGAUUAUCCAGGGACGGAUCCUAUACACCCCUGCCAAUGCUGCGGCCGACAGCGUGGUGAAGUUUAGUAACGCCACCUUUGAGGAACUGGACAGGCUGAAGCAACUUAGCCGUGCAGCAGCCACCAUUCUCACCAAGCUGCACACGAACGCCACUUUCCAGGAGGCCUUCGACAAUCUGCUCAAGUUGGCCAAGUCGCCACUGGUCAAGAGUUUGGUCGGCGAUGACUUCGAUAUUGGGGAAAUCGAAAGUGUCUUCCAAUACAUUCGCACCAACCAGCUGAUUUAUGAUAUUCUCACCACCGUGGCGGAUCUAAUGGAUUGCGUUUCGGCCGAUCGUUUCGAGGCUGUGGAAAGUGUGGAGGAGCUGCACAAGAGAGCCUACGAACUAAAUCAGAACAAGAUGUUCUUGGCCGCCCUCAACCUGGAGGACGUGGGUCUCAAGCAAGCGUCCUACCGCCUGCACAUGGACACGGACAACACGCAGCCGACGUUUGAGAACCGGAACAGAUUCUGGUUCCCCGGACCCGCCGACAGCAUGGUCAUUGAUCUCAAGUAUCAUCGUGGCUUCGUUCAGCUCAAACAGAUGGUCGAUCUGGGAAUUAUUAAGAGCAAGCGGGAGGAGGCGGGCUUUGCGCCGGAGGAGGAAGCGCCUGAAAGUGGGCGUUCCUUAAGUGGUCUAUUCAGCAUCAAGCAAGUGGACAACGACGCGUCCGACGAGGACGACGAUGACUUCGAUCUCAGUCUGGAGGGAAGCGGUGCAGAGCAGGCCACUCAAAAGGUAUCAGCGUCUGCGAACGAUCAGGCGGCAACCACCAUUCCGCCUUCAUUCAAUGAUGAAGGCGUUGGGGUAACCACCGAAGACGUUGGGGUCACUACAGAACAGACAGUCGCAGGUGGUGACCCCGAUCUCCUUCUGCUCAACAAUGAAGAUGUGCUGAAGCGCUCGAAACGGCAGGGUCUGUUCGAUUUGCUAGGAAGCUUCGGGGGAUCUGGGGAUGCGAGUAAAAAGAACAAAUUCGAAGUGGACAACAUGCAGUUCUACACAAAGCAAUUUCCCUAUCCCGCCUUUCUUAACGAUGUCUUCAAACGUGGCUUGUACUUGGCCCAAGGCGUCCAGGUGGCUUAUCUACUUGGCCUGGUGGUAUUCGUGGCUCUUUGUGUGAGGGAACGCAUCUGGAUGCGGGAGAGCCGCAAUAGCAUGUUGCUGCGAUCAAUGGGUCUGAAGGCGCACUCCGAGCUGGUUGCCUGGGCUCUGAUGAGUUUCAUGGAGCUCUGCGUGAUCUUUGCGCUGAUCAGCGGGGUGCUGUAUAGUGGCGGUAUUUUGGGCUUUACCAACUGGUUUUUCAUGAUGUUCUACUGCCUGAGCUUUGGUCUCUGCCUGAUUUCGUUUUGUUAUAUGUGCACCAACUUUUUCAAUUCGGCAAACAUUGGUGCCGUGGCCUCCGCCCUUUUGUUCUUCAUUAGCCUCUGUCCGUUCAUCAUUGUGCUGAUGUUCGAUGCCAAACUGAGCGAUUUCGAGAACUUCCUGGUGGACCUCUCCUUCACCACGGCCUUUGCCAAGGGCUGGGGUGAGCUGAUGCGCAUGGAGCUGCAGCAGGAGGGCUUGACAGUGCGCCACCUCAUCCAGGCGGGUCCUGCGAGAAGCGAGUGCGCCAUGGCGCUGCUCAUGUUCCUCCUCGACUUUCUGCUGUAUGCGGUCAUUGGACUGGCCUACCAGCGCUACAAGAAAAACAACUACAGCUUUGUGAAGGUCAGUCGCUCGCAAUUGGACGGCAAACUGGGCGCCUCUUUGGUUAAUGUUAGCAAACUGUAUGGCAGCAAGUGCGCUGUUUCCAACUUAAGCCUCGACUUUGCGCGCAACCAGGUGAGCUGUCUUCUGGGCCGGAAUGGCGCUGGAAAGAGCACGCUGAUCAAGUUGCUCACCGGACAAAUCCGGCAGAGCAGCGGCAAGGUCCUGUUGGCCGGGGAGCACCAAGUGGGUGUCUGCUGGCAGGAUAAUAUCCUGAUCCCAACGCUUACGGCUCGGGAGCACCUGCAGCUGUAUGCACAGAUCAAGAUGCCACUAGGUGGCAGUGCUGGUGCCGAGGAGAUCCGCUCGGAGGUUGCCCAAACCCUGCAGAGCCUAAACUUUGGCAAGCACGAGUCGUAUCCCUCGUGGCAGCUCUCCGGCGGCUACAGACGACGCCUCUGCGUGGCCAUAGCCUUCAUUGCCUCGCCCAGUGUGGUCAUCUUGGAUGAACCCUGCAAUGGGGUGGAUGCCAAGGCCAGAAAGGACAUUUGGCAGUUGAUUGAGCGACUGCGUCAAGGGAGAGCAGUCAUCUUCGCCACCCAUUUCCUGGACGAGGCCAAGUACCUCAGUGACUCACUGGUGAUAAUGCGGAAUGGUCGCAUUAUUGCGCAGCACAGUCGAGACUCCCUGCAACGUUUGUGUACCUCAAACUACAGCAUCCGAUUGCGUUGCGUCGAUGCGAGCGGGGUAACCUUCGUUGUCCAGAAGGCACAGCAGCUUCUUCCCCAGAGUCAGGUGAUCCAUUCAGGAGCCGCGGAUUACCCUCACAGCCUGACCAUCAGUGCCAGCUAUGCGGAGCAUCUAACACCAGGAGCCGUCGAGUUUCUGGAACUGCUGCAGUCCCAUGUGGCAGCUGGCAGCAUCAGCGAUGUGGAGCUCACGAGUAGCUCAAGUCUGGAGCAGGAGUUCGAGCAGUUGAACAAGAGUGGCGAGCCAGUGGGACCCCAACGACCCGCCAGCGAUCGGAGUGGAGUGGUUGCAGGCCCUGCCAUGAUUACGGACGAACCACCAACCGCUUGCAAGCAAUUCCGACUGCUCAUGGGCAAGCGAUUGAGGCAUCUGUCCCGCAACUACCGCCUCCUGCUCUAUGUCCUCCUGCUGCCUGCUCUCUUCGAACUGUGUGCCAUGUGGUUCGUCAGCUAUCGACUGGAGGAUGACUUCGACACUGUUUUACCCCUGAGCCGCUCGCUCUAUCCCCAAACCGUUCAGUUUUUGUCGCAGGAGAGGGCGACCAGCUUCUCCGAGAAACUGUAUCCACAGCUAAGGACCUCGUGUGACCAUCUGGGUGAUUGCAGAGUGUUCAAUGAUUCUGAACAGGCCUACGAUUGGGUCCUGGACUCUUGGGGCGAGUAUCGCGAGCGCCGGUAUGGCGGCUAUGGAUUAAACGGGUCAGGUGCUACAGUUUGGUAUAAUAAUAAGGGAUAUCACUCCAUGGUGGCCUGGUUGAACGACCUCAACUCGGAGCUACUGCGCACGACCCUGAACGACUCGGAGUCCAGUAUCCUCACUCUGAACGAACCCUGGAAACUGGGCUAUGCCGAACUGAGUACCAGCUCGAUCCUGCGGCAGGCAGGUGACGGAUCCAUGGUCUUUAUCCUGCUGAUAGCUUUCGGUUUGGUGGUGGCCUCCGGAUCCGUUUAUCUGGUCAACGAGCGUGUCAAUGGCGAGAAGCUGCAGCAAAGGUUGUGCGGAGUGAGCGCGGUUACCUACUGGCUGGUGGCCUUCGUCUGGGAUUAUCUGGUGAUGGUCCUGGGUCUGAUUGUCUGCCUCGUUGUGAUCCUGAUGUUCGGAAUGCCUGUCUUUGUGGACCGCCAGCAGCUGGUGGGCAUCAUUGGACUGUCGCUGGCCUUUAGCUUCGCCUGCGUUCCAUCUGUGCAUGUGGCCGAGAAGAUCUUCAGCGAUUCAAGCAUUGCCAUUGUGUCGAUCUUUUGCGCCAACAUCAUCGUCCCGCUGGUCACCAUGGGCAUCAUCCUGAUCCUGGGCGUGGUGGGCGAUGGUCCAGCGUGGGAUGAUUGGCGCCACGCCCUCAACCAGGCCUUCCUGGUCUUUCCACUUCAUGCUUUGGGAGACGGCUUCCUGGAGUUGUGCAAGAACUAUAUGGUGGCCCUGGUAUUCAGGCGCUACGACAUCGAUUCGUAUAAGCAUCCCUUGGCCAGUGACCUGCUGGGGCGCCACUUUACCGCCCUGCUGUUGGUGGGCGUGGCCGCCCUGAUCAUCAACGUCCUCAUCGAGUGGCAUCUGCUGCGGCGCCUGUGGCAGCGGGUGGAGCGACUGCUGGACUGCACCUACCGCCGCGAGCUGGACAAACUGGGUCAGCUGAAGCUGGUCAACAUCCAGAGCAUCUUCAAGAGCUGCGUGGCCAACGGCGAGGCGGUGCGGGCGGAGAACCUCUGGCUGGCCUACCGCCGCGGACACUAUGCGGUGCGUCAGGUGCACUUCAGUGUCCAGCGGGGCGAGUGCUUCGGGUUGCUGGGCAAGAAUGGAGCCGGAAAGUCCACCAUCUUCAAGCUGCUCACUGGCCAAUUGCAGCCCGACGUGGGACAAAUUUACUUCGAGCAGCCCGGCAUCUCAUACUGCCCGCAGAGCAACCCGCUGGACCCGCUGCUGACGACGACCGAGUGCAUCCGCUUCUACGGACGUCUGCGCGGCAUUCGCGACCUGGAUCAGUUCCUGGACCGCGUGCUGGACACGUACGAACUGCGGCCCUACAAGGACGUCCAGGUGAGGAACCUGAGUGGCGGCAACAGGCGCAAGCUCACGGUGGCCGUCACUUGUUGCGGUUGCACGCCCACCGUCCUGAUGGACGAACCAACGAGCGACAUGGAUCCCGUGACCAGGGACAUGGUGUAUGCCACCAUCGAGCAGCUGCUGCUGGCCCGCAGAGCCGUGGUGCUCACCUCUCACUCCGUUUCGGAGAUCGAGCACCUGUGCCAAAGGGUGGCCGUGCUCCGGGCGGGCCAGGUCAUCGCCAGCGACAGUCCGGAGCGAUUGAAAUCGGAACAUGGUGGUUACUACGCCGUAACCUGCUUCUGCGGCCCCGCCCAACAGGCCAUUCUAUCAAGGAGCUUGAGCCAACGAUUGCCGGGAGCGCGCGACUUGCAGCACUACGCCCACAGCUUGCGGUUCCUCGUCAGGAUCCGAUCGCCCGGAAACCUGGGCGAUGCUCCUCUUCUCUCGGAACUCUUCGCCAUCCUUCGCGAUGUUUGCGUGGACGUGGCUCGAUUUUCGCUGAGUCGCUGCCGUUUCGAGACCGUUUUCGAGCGAAUCCUCGACAACUGCGAGGCGAAUGGCGCCAACGGCGUGCACAAGGAUCAGCAGCAGGAUGCUAGGAAGGAUCUGCCCAGUAAAUCCCCUGCUGUCGGUGGCUCCCUGGAAACCGGGUAUAUUCAUUGUGGCUACGAGGAGACAAGAACUUAAGCGACUCAGCCAUUCUCUGAUCUUGAAACCAAAAACGACUUAAAUUCCAUUUUUUUUUAAUCAAAUAAUAGCUUUUAAUCGGGACUUAUGAGUGUGUUCAAAAUUUUAGCUGCAUUCACGAUUUAAAACUUGUAUGAAAACUAUUUUAAAGUAUUUAAGAAAUUAUAUUGACUAUUCACAAAGCUUAGUUUUGUCUGUUAUAUUCAACUAGACAAAUAAUUGUUUGGUAAAUUUAUUUCGGUGUACUUUUUGUUAUUAUUUUGAGCACAAUUCUGAACUUUAUUCGUACAAUAUUGGACAUCACUUAAGUGAAUUAUGCAGACAAAACGUGUUAGAAUGUUUCAGAGGUACAGGAUUUCCCAGACAAAUGUUAUUUUUAAUAAUUCUUAAAUGUAGCUGCGUAGAUAUUUAAAAUUGGCAGCUUUGCAAUGAGUUUGACACUCACUGUUAUUGUGUAUGGCUAAUAAAUUAGUUCUUAAGCUAUGAAACAUAUGCAUCUAAAUUGAUAUUCCAAUACAAUUUUUUUUAAUAGUUAGACCAGUUUUAUGUGAUAAGAUGUGAUAAGUUGGGGCCUACGUGGCAAUAAUUUACUUGAUUCCAGGUGUUCUGUUUAGCUAUUAAGAGUCCCACCCUUGCCCCAAAACAUUACUUCCCUAGAGCUUUAAUAAUUAUGUAAUAUGUACUGUGCGCGUGAAAUGUAAGACCAAGCUAGCUAUAAAAGAAUAGGUAUGUGUAUAUGUCAUGGCGGAAUCCUCAUAGGAUCUGUCCGAAGUUUGUAUUGCAAUUUAAAAACUAAUAAAGAGAAAUAUGUAUAUAAUAUGUAUAUAUAUAUAUUUGAUAUCUGUAA